CUCCUCUCUUUUUCUCCACUUUCUCAAUUUCAUCUUCUGCCAUGGCCGCCGCCGAUGAUUCCACUACACCACCUAUCUCCAUCCUCCGACGACGGAACUCCAUCGGAACACCCACCAAAUUCCACGAUCUCUUCUCCUCCUCCUCCACCACCACCACUACCACCGCCACAUCUUCCUCUUCUUCAGUCGAUUUCGAGCUGGUCUCCAUCAAACCCACUUGCUAUACCUCUCUCCGAGACAUCCUCCCAUCCCCACCAUCCAUCGUCCACUCCCCCAAACCUCCCUCCGAUUCCGGCUAUGAAAUCUCCAUUCGGAACCGCCUUGUCAAACAGGCGGCCUGGGCUUAUCUUCAACCUAUGUCCACCUCCCCUCAACCCCAUCCAUCCACCGUCUUCCACCGCCUCUGGACCGCCGUCCUCCGUCUCGUAACCGCAGCCUUCGAUUGCCUUCAAGUCGGCUCCCAAUUAUAACACGUAAACAGGUAAUCAAAUCGUCCAUCACCCUUCAUCAUAGCCUCAUAGGUUAGGUUUGCUUUGAUUUUCUUCUCUAAUUUG